UAGUGAGGCAUCCUGCCUCCGUAGUCUGCUGAUUUAGUAAUUCAGUUCUAAUCGCGUUUUUAAGAUGGAAUAAUCGUCUUCUACUUGUUAAGUAUAGUGAAAUAGUGAAGUGUUAAGUAGUGUUAUUAAGAAAAGGAAAGUGAUUAGUGACUUGGGCUAUUAAUUGGUUCAAUUCUUUGUUGAGCAGCUUGAGGCGUCAUGCUGCUUGUCGCGUUAGUGAUUUUGUUCGAUAAUGUUUCGUGAUGAAGUAAUUAUUGAUCUUAAAUUGUUUACUGUGGGCAUGGAGAGCAUGUCGGGCAGGGUUGAUGCUUAAACUAAGAAUAUUUCCUCAAGUUACAUCUAUACUAAAACGCACAAUGUCUACUCAGGAGCCAGAUGUUUUAUUCGAGUCAGUCAGCAAUGCUGGUAUCAUCACACUAAACAGGCCCAAAGCUCUCAACUCCCUCAAUACAUCAAUGGUAACAAAACUGUUACCACAACUACAAGAAAUGGAGAACAGUAAAACCCUAGUCAUAAUUAAAGGGGCCGGCGACAAAGCUUUCUGUGCUGGAGGAGAUGUAAAAAUGGCUAUAGACAAAGUAGAAGGACCAAUAUUCUUCCACACAGAAUAUAAUGUCAAUUAUCUCAUUGGAAAAUACAAAAUUCCAUACAUAGCUUUUCUUAAUGGGAUAACAAUGGGAGGUGGCUUAGGUUUAUCCGUUCACGGAAGGUACAGGGUGGCUACAGAAAAAACCAUGAUAGCAAUGCCGGAGACUAAAAUUGGGUUGUUCCCUGAUGUGGGGGGUUCUUAUUUCUUGCCAAGACUGCCAGUUAAUUUAGGACUCUAUUUGGGCUUGACAGGUGAUAGACUAAAAGGAAAGGAUGUAGUUAAAGCUGGUAUCGCCACACAUUUUGUGUCAAGCAAGCGUCUGUAUGAACUGGAGAAGCUGCUAUUGAGAUGCACCAGCGAUGUGGAGGUGGAUAACUUGUUGAACAAGUUCAAUGAGCCACCCGAGGAGUUCUCCCUGGCUCCGAACAUCAAACACAUCAACUACUGCUUCGCUGCUUCCACUGUUGAAGAAAUCAUAGAGAGGCUGGAGAAAGUGAAGAAUGAUUGGUCCGUCAAAACUAUAGAGACACUGCACCAAAUGUGCCCCGGCUCGCUGAAGAUCACGAUGCGUGCGCUGCAGCGCGGCGCACAAUUGGACCUGCCGCAGUGCCUCAAGAUGGAGUACCGCCUCGCCUGCCGCGCCACAGAGAACCAUGACUUCCCUGAAGGUGUCCGAGCUUUGCUCAUCGACAAAGACAAUAAGCCUCAGUGGCAACACAAGACAUUGGCCGAUGUGGACGAGGACUACGUGGAGGAAUACUUUAAGAGACUACCGCAGGAGAGAGAGCUACAGUUCUUUGAUGCUAAGCUUUAAGCUAAACUUGUCUCGACAUACAGUUAUGUAACCUUCAGUCAAUGUAUUGGUAAGAAAAGUUUUGUCGCUUAUGAACUUUGUUCACAUGUCAUUGAAUGUUUCCAGAAUUUUAAAAAAGAUUCUUUAGGGGCAUAGCACACAUCAACUCAAAAAGCGAAUUGUAACCACGAACUGUAAGUUUGUCCUGAGGCGAGAUGAUUAUGUGAUUCUGAUUAGUGUGUUUUGCAGUGGUAUCAGAUAUACUGGAUGGCUCGAGUUGAUAUGGUGUUGAACCCUUUCUAAGUUAUUCGUUUUGUGUGUGCUUUGACCCAAAAAGGAACAACUUUUGCUAAUGAAAUAAUCAACUAAUAAAUCAAAAUGUCAAUGACGUUAAGCCAUUCAAGAUUUUUUAUUGUGAUUUUGAAAUUACAAAAGUUGUUUACAUCUUUUAAACGUAAUAUACUUUUGGGAUGAUGUUUAAAUUAAAGACACAUUGCAUUGAACUAUUAUAAUUUUGAAUAAUAUGACAGAAAAUGUUGCUUAAGUAGAAAGUUGAAACUUUUGUAAAUAAGUAUAAAAUAUUGCAUGAAAGGCUUAAAAAUACGGCUUUGUAAUAAAAGUCUAAAGUGCAGUUCACACUGCCGUUGUAUUUGUAAAACAUAAUUAUGUAUGAUGAUAUUAUUUUUUGAAUGAUUUUAUGUUUUGAUACUGGGAUUGUAACAGGGUGAAUCAGGCAUUUACUUAAAAAUAAUAAUUAUUAUUAUUAUUUGUACGGAAUCCACUCCAAAUGUAUAACAUUGGCCAUUGGCAUUAUAGCAAGCCAUAUUAUAGUUAAGUAUAGUACUUUUUAUUAGCAGCUAUCUAUGUUGAAGUUUUACAAUGCCAUUCUAUUUUUAAUUUUUGGUUAAGGCUCUGGGUUCUAAACAUUUUUAACUUAAUGUCAUUAUAAAUGAGUGAUAAAUCACAGACAGACAAUAAAUACAUUUAUACUAGAAACAUUUAUUACAAGUACAUAUAAUAAUUGUUGAUAAAUAUUUAAAAAAAAUAGUGGCUUAUUGUGUACCUAAUGUCAUUAAAACGAAAACUUGAUUGAUGUAGAUUGAAAAUACGUAUAUUUUAUAAGUAGGCUGUUAUAUAUUACAUAAUUUGAUAUUUUUAUUGCAUGCAUGCUCGAAAAGUUAUAUAUAUUUUUUUAUAUUUAAUAUACAAUUAAUUAUUAUCAGUAUAGACUACCAAGAUGCAGAAGAAUAGACUGUCCCCGUAAAUUAUAAAUGAAUGGAAAUUGUUUCAUCUACUAUCUUUGAUUGUUCAAAUCAGUGUCUAUCCUCAUGACAUAUAAGGAAGAAUAAAACACAUAAAUGUUCGCACAGCUUUAUACAUUCAGAUCUAUAAUAUUUUAUAAAUAGUAUAUUUUAUAUAGUGUAUAUAUAUGUAAUGUUAAACAAACAGUUAUUAAAUAACUGUUAGUUAUAAAAUAACUGCAUAACAACCAUAUAUCUACAUGAGCUAUUGCUUAUUUGAGUUCAAGUUGUGCGUACCAUAAAUAACGAAGCAAGUUUAAUUUGUAAUUUAUAUUAUUUCUACUGAUUUUGUACUGUAAUGUGAUGGAGUCAAAAGACUGUUAGCUGUUGGACUCAAUAAAGGAGUAUAUUGUA